UACAUAUUUAUUUUAAGUCCACUCUGUGCAACCUUAUAAUGUUACUUGUGAUAUUAAUAAAUGAACACCAUUGUUGGUUUUGUUAGUUAAAAGUAAUAACAAAUUCAAACAAUUCCUUAAACUUAGUAAAAGUUAGUGCGUUGAGAGCUAAACUGCUUCCCUUGAUCCCUUGAUGGUACUCGCGCAGCUGGUUGGUUGAAGCACGCAAUAGAGAUAUAGGUUUUCUCUUUUUAAAUGACGAAGUCUGUCGGCAAUGUGUUCCGUCUCUGUCGCGCUUCAAGCGGCACCGCCGGAUCCGUCGAGUCGCCACGCGUGCCCGUCCGUUGUUGCACAUCGACGUCAACCGCUUUCAGUGUUAUAGCGCGUUCCUCCGCGCUCUAUCUACAUAACCUAAAACCUUACAAUCUAAAUAAAAUUUUAUAUUUUGCAUUUUAUAAUUAACAUAAAUACUCAUGAUAAAGUUGAAUUUAUAAUAUUAGUGAAGUGCCGUUGACGCCCUACCGAGGGCAAUUCGUGGAGUGUAUUUUUGUGCAGCACAAAGUAAAUACAAACGGCAAGCUGUGGGGAUCGGGGGCCUUUUUUUUGCCGCCGCAGGGGAUGUACUAUCCUGUGAGUAACGGCAAUGUCAUCGACACAGGAACACCAACCCUGCUGCACAUGGUCGGCACGGGCAUGGGGAACCCGUUCCCCGCGGCGGCCGCGGCGGCGGCGGCGGCGCAGUUCGCUGCCAAUGGCGACGCUCUAGCUGGCAAGGCGGAGCUGGCCGCCGGCGUGCCUGCAGUCUCACAGCCCUCGCAGCAGCCGCCGCAGCCUGCGCAGGGGCAGCUCGUUAAGAGCGAGGGCCAGCCUCCGCCCACACCGCUCCCACCCGCCAACUUUUCACCGCAACCGCCGCCACAGACCCACGCACAGAAUUCUAUAGAAAGUCAAAAUAACAGCACACAAAGUGACAACGAAGGCACAGAUGAGAGCACCCCCGUGAGCGUGGCGGCGGCGGUGGCCCAACAGGCGGCGGCGCAGCAGGUAGCAGCCGCGCACGCGGCGCACGCCGCUCAUGCAGCACAGGCCGCGCACGCCGCCACCACCGCCGCCAAUGCCGCCGUCGCCGCUGCAGCUGCCGGCUCCGACAAGGCGCUCGUCGUGCCCGUCUCCCAGGGCUCGCAGCCCAAGCGCCUGCACGUCUCCAAUAUACCCUUCCGCUUCAGAGACCCUGAUCUAAGGAACAUGUUCGGCCAAUAUGGCACGAUACUUGAUGUAGAAAUUAUCUUCAACGAACGCGGCUCGAAGGGAUUCGGUUUUGUAACAUUCGCAAAUAGUGGUGAUGCGGAGCGAGCACGAGAGCGUCUUCACGGCACCGUGGUUGAGGGCAGAAAGAUAGAGGUUAAUAAUGCAACUGCGAGGGUACAAACUAAGAAACCACCGGCGGUCCCUAACGUGUGCGUGCAAUGGCCGGAAGCCGCGCCGCGCGCCGUGCACGCCCUCGCGCACAUGCUGCCGCGCGCCUACGCCUCGCCCCCCGCGCCCGCCGCGCACCCCUCGUCCGCCGCCGCCGCCGCGCACGCCCAGCUGCACGCGUACGCGCCCGUAUAUUACGACCCCUUCUUAGCAGCGGCAGCGACGGCCGACUCUAAUUACAGACUACAGGCAGCGGCAGCGGCGGCGGCGGCGGCAGCGCCUCUGCUGAAGUCCCCGCUGACGACAGCGCAGCACGCGGCGGCGGCAGCGGCAGCGGCCAACUACGGCGCCGCUGCCCGCGCAGCAGCAGCAGCCAGCGCCGCGCCCGCACCCGCACUCACGCCCCUCGCCGCCACGUACGGCAGAGAAUACGGUGACCCAUAUUUAGGGCAUAGCAUCGGGCCGGUCACUGGAUACGGGACGGCGAUGUACAGAAGCGGCUACAACAGGUUUGCGCCGUACUAAGUGGGAGGAGAUACAAUCUACAACUCGAAUAAGGAACCUCGGUCAUCUUUACGUAACAUGACAAUGAACUCUCUUUGUAAACGUACAAACAUAAUUUUAGGUGUCAGUUAGUGUUAGCCGGCUGGUGUUAAGCUUGGAUAACAUAGUGUAGCGUUCGCCGCGUCCUCUAUCGGCGGCUUCACCGACUCAACAAUACCAAAGUCAUUAAAAUUCUAACCGUAAUAGUUCACUAAGUUAUAUACUCUAUUGUAAAAUUGUUAAAUGCAUAUACAAGUGCGAGCAGCUAAACUGAAACGCAUUCAUUUAGAUGUUUAUAAGAAUAACUAUUUUACUACUAACAUAACAUAACGUAAGGGCGACCUCACGCCCAUGACAAUAGAACAUGUUACAAGUAACGUAUAUUUAGUGAGCUUUGCACUUGCAUAUCAUGUAGAAGUUGUACAUAUUGGAAGUGAAUCACAUUUUAUCUUAUAAAUACCCUCCGAUUCGGAUAUGUUAUUGUUGUGCUUCUACAAUACGCGGGAAACGAUCGUCGGGAAACUUUUUUAGUGGAAUCAAUUUUUAAUAUUGUAAAUGCGGUAAGUUUUAUCAAUUUUCAUACGAUUUAUAUAUUUCUUGCCGAUCCGGCAUUAGGAUGUUUAUCGUUGAAACAUGAUGUUUCAUUUAUUUUUUACACAAUCAUUUUCUAUGAAUAGGAAUGAAAUGCAAUUUUAACCAUAACCGAAUGAUUGGAAUAUGUGUUGUUCGUUUGUUAGUAACAGGUCGCGUGGUGCGAAUGUAAUGCGGUGCCAUUUGUUCAGUUGUUACUGAAUGACGCUCUCGUCUAGAAGUUACCUCGGAACUGUACUUGUGACUUCCGCGUGCUAUAAAUAGCUAUAUAUUUGUGGUGCCGGUCCGAGCCGUGUACCGCCAGCUGCCCGUACAUCAAAGGGUUUAUUGCGCUUUCCAUUUAUUCAGAGUCUCGAUCGCUAGGAUAAAAUUUUACUGACACGUAGUCGUAAUGCUUUAGAUGUAGUAUAUAAGAGUGUUCUUACAUAUCAUUGAGAUUUCUCCUCGUAUUAGAGUUGGCACACACGGUGGUGUCCGAUGUAACAGUUUUAUGUGACACUCUUUAUCGAACAAUAUUUGCGUACGGGUCCAACCCUUUAGGCGUGGUAAAGUUAGAUCUAACAUUUGCAUUAGAGUUGUAAAGUAUUGUGAUGUGGAUGAAUUCGCUCAACGUUUAUACCAAAGCACAAAGUCCCCAUCGAUUGAUGAGCAUCAUUAUCUGAGCAUUAGCACGUCGUUUCGUUUCCUCCCGGUAGAUUUAAUAGUCUUUCACUUGGAAAAACUUAAAAAGUCUAUGAGUCGUACAUAGAUCGUUUAAGGAAUACAAGUUUUUAUUCUCAAUAUUAAUUUAAUCCAUUUAGAUUUUAAACUUUUUCUAUAUAAUUUGUUUGCCAUAAUCGUUUCGUGACGAUGUUUUAACUAAAAGAUCUGAAAGAUUCACACGUAGCCGCCGUUUUUUUUGGCAUAAACGUUAUCAGUUUAGGUACAUGAUUUUAAACAUUGCCUUGUUUCGUUUAUUCAAGGUAUGUUUAUAUUUGUCGUCUGCUAUAUAUUAGACCUUUACGUAGGAGCUACAAUACGGUGUUUGAAGCAAUGCACGUGUUUGUGUUUUGAUGACAUAUCAAGGGAAGUGUUGGGGCGCGAGGUUCGCCGGCCGUUGCCUGUAGCCAUAGCUUUAAUAAUUACGAGAGAAAGGCUCGGCGGCCGGCGCCUUGCUCCACACGCUCUACACUCAAAUACAGAUCAACAAAUCCAUGACAAUUCUCGUCUUGUAGAUAUUUCUAGUCUCUUUCGCACAAGUAUAUUUUUUAAUGAAGGGUGCUUUCCUCGUAAAGGUUCCAUGUGAUAGUGGCGGAACGCGGAGCUCGUGUAUUUGUUGUAAGUCGUACCGUACGGUCUAUGUUUAAGCUUUCUUGUGUCAUAUAUCUGAUUUUUAUGAUUUACGAAUUAUUCAAGUAACGUUUAGUGUAGCUGACGCUGGCGGGUCUAAGUUACAAAUAGUAUACACGUAACAGUAGUCAUGUUGCAGCUUCUUCGAACAAUGUUUUUUAUGCUUUAUCGCUAAAUACUCAUGUGUGAAUGUAUAAUUUUAGUAAUUUCUAGUUUAUUAAGUUUUUUUUUGUAAUGCAAAUUUUUCUACCUAAGUACAUAAAGUAAAGUACAUGUGAUUGAUGAUUCGUCUUUUAGUUUUAACAUGUAUUGUAAUGUAAUGGAACUCGAGUCACAAAUGCAUAUAUUUCUUGCAAACUUUAAACAUCUAUUUUACGACAGGGGUAAACGAGACGCGUUUUGAAGGCGGUUUGUGCUGUGCUUUUUGUUUUGGUGCGAGGUGCGAUACGAGGGCGUAUAGUUUUAUAAUGUUUUAGCCUAAUAACAAACGUCGUAUCAAAAAACGUCUCGAUUACUCAUCUUGAAUCGAUAUGCGAUUAUUUUUUAUGUUAUUUAAAAAGUUUUUAUAGGUGAUUUUAAUAAAAAUGUAAAAAAAAUAAUGAAAUAAAGUGAAAUGCAUUACUUAAGUUUUUAUAGAAAUUUCAUAAAUUAAGCCAAACUGUUGUUACUUGGAGAAAAUCUGAAUUUAAAUGACAUAUCUGACAAAAUGGUUAGUGUGCUACAAUAAGAUUUUGAAAAAAAAAUCAUCAAGAUCGAUGUAUUAUAAAUAUAUAAUAAUCAUUAAAGUUAAGGAUGAUAUGUAUUUUGUAACACGAUUUGUUUCUCGGUUUUUAUGAGAUGUUAAAUUAAAUUUUCAUACUAUUCUUGUUUCUUUACGCUGUGCACAAAUUAUACGAUCCAAGGCUUUAUAAAAGAAUUUUGCUAAUCGGGUUAUAGACCAAUUGUUAUAGUUAAUGCGCAUAAUAGUUAAGAUUUCUCAAGCAGCCGUCGCAGCUGGGGACACCUCUCCCAACAUAUCUCUCGUCCCGCACAUUCUUAUUGAAUAAAUAGAGACAGUAAUAUGUUUCAAUAUAAAUGUCACGUCAAUCGAAACUCAUAGUAAAGUUAACUCUAAAAUUGUACAAUGAAAUCAAAUACUCGUAUAUAACCGUUAUUUUUAUAACUAAUCAGCACGUUACUUAGAAAUUGUAGGUAUGUUAUUAUAUAAACUAUAUUAUUUAUUUUUUAUUUUUAAAAACAUUUAUUUUCAAUUUUUAUUAUAUAGUACGUAAUCAUAAUAUCAAUGAAAUCAUAAAUGUGAAUAAUCUGUGAAAUAGUAAAUUAUUUCGAAUGUAAUCACAACUUUCAGUUUUUACUGUAGUGACAUUUUUAUUGACACAUAUUGUCAUCCCGCACAUUAUCUUUGAAAAAAUAGAGACGACAAUAUGUAUAAUUGCAUUAGAAAGUGACAGUAAUACGAGGUGCAUCCCUAGCCGCGCUGGCAACAUCGAGGCUGCCAGUACGUUGUGUCACAAGCCACUGUAUAUAAUAUAAAGGCGGUGUCGCCUGUCUUGUACUCAUCUGACGAAAAAAGUUACAUCUAUUAAUAUCACAUAGAUGUAACUCUCUUCAUCGGAUGGGCCAUUUUUUACCCACGGGUCUGUAUUGUUAACGUAGCGUGAGUUAAGUAUCACUUGUUCGUCAAUUGCACACGUCGACGCUGUUGAGUUAGUUUAAACAAAUACUCGAUAUGUUAAUUAGCAGGGUCGUUGUUAAUGCCUGUGUCCCACACUGUAGUGGUUACCCUCCGUGUAUUGCACGACUCCCUACGGCAUGUCUGAAACUAAUCGUAAAUGGAUGUACACAGCGCAUACCUGAUGACACAUUUUUAACAUCACCUGUAUGUCUGCAAAUGUAAUCACACGUAUUUAUGGGCACUUUGACCUUAUACUUCCGUAGUACCUCCUCCAAACUGCUUCCAUUUGUUAGAGCAAUUUCUUUGUUGUUUAGCAAUGUCAAAAUUGUGUGCUCAUUUUUAAAGCUUUCAUUGUAAAGAAUAAUCAAUAUACAAUUGAAGUCUUUUGUUACAAAUAUAUAUAUAUAUAUAUAUAUAUAUAUUGCGUGGAUGAGGAAGUAGGAUUGCGUGCCGAUAGCCAUUCCGGUCAACCGGACUCUUUCAGGACCAGUAAAUAUAUAUAUCUCAUAAUGGCCGGUUGAUCGACUUGCUAUCAGGCGGCCUGCUGCCUCCUGCCGACAGAGACAGAGAGGAGUCCGGUAUGCGCUGCGGGCAGAGGGCACAGGACAGAGUGCAGAGGGCGCGCCUGUCGCCGCCGCGGCGCUAGUGUAGUGCCACCAGUAUUUAUAAUACACCAUGCUCAAUUUCCGUAUUUGUAUGUUGUACUUUUAAUGUUAAAAAAAUUAAAUGUUUUUAAAAUUGAAGAUCGAUUUUGUCUACAUAGCCACGUUUGUUACAUGAUGAAUGUCUUCCGUUGAGCACAGUUUGAGGUCCAUUGCACGUUUUGUUGUUAGUUGUGCCGCCGCAGUGUAGCCUAGUGUCGUGUCGUGUCGUGCCGGCGCAGUGACCAGCGCGGAGCCGAGUGCACAGCGAACUCCUCCAUGCGAUUUGUGAUAAACUCUAUGACAAAUACGAACAUCCUCUAUUUUAUAUCGUGUGGCGGUUUUCAUAUUAGAUUGCAGAGCUGAUUUCCUCAAUUGAAUGUAAAUAUAUUUUUUAUUCGAACAAAAAUGUUGAACGAAGUAAAUCAUUUUAAGCCUUCGGCAUUGUGUACUCAUUUACGUUAUUAAUAAAUUAUAGUAUGGAUUGA